AUGAGAAUUUUCAUAGCCUUUGAGGGAUCUUUUGAAGCAUUUGAUGUUUCAGCAGAUGAAACUGUGGAGGCUGUCAAGCUGAUGAUAAAGGAUCAUUUCCACAUUCCUCUCUCUGAAGAUGAAUAGGGCAGGUGGUAUCUGGAGCUGAUAUAUGCUGGAGCAGCCCUAAAGGACAGCUGGAGUCUAGCUGAUGUUGGAAUAUCUUUUGGUUCAACUCUCAAAUGCUUUGCUAAGGAAGAAGACAAGCCAACUCUCUAUGUGUUUAAUGCUGUGACCCAAGAGACAAUGCCAAUGAUGGAGAACAAUUCCCUUCUUGGUAAAAAAGUGUCUGAUCUGAGAACACUGGUAGCUCUGAGAUGUGUUCCUGUGAGUGUCUUUUGUCUCCGGACCCCAGAGGGACUGGAGAUGCAUGACUGCAACACCCUCAGGGACUACCAAACAGACAUCGGCACGACACUUCGUUUGGACGUCUGGGAUGGAUGGAAGGAAUUUCUGAUGGGUUGUCUUCUGGGACAAAAACUUAAAGUCCAACGCUGUUUAUCAAAUGAAGGACCAGUACUCAAGUAUCAGAAAAAGGUAGCCCUGUAUAUCGCCGCCUUUUAUGGGUACAUUGAACUCACUGAGUGGGCCCUGAAGCAGGGUGUGCAGCCAGAAGAGGCUGUCGGUGUUCACCCCUGUGGAGCAUGGUGCCAUGAAGCCCUUCAUGCAGACGUCUCUAAAUGCCCCAUUCAUGCAGCUGCAGAAGCUGGCCAACUGUUGAUUCUGAAGGCCUUUGUCAACUGCAGCAUGCUGUGCCUGGAAUGUAAAACUGCAGCGGGACAAAUUCCCCUGACCGUCGCCUUUAAACACAAGCAUAAAGACUGUGUAUUAUAUUUAUUGAGUAAAAUGUGGUCCAUGGUUUCUUUUCUGAAAAUUUAAGGCCCCAUAAGGAUUUAUAUUAAAAUAAAACAACGGAUCCUCAGAGCUCAGAGUCACAACCUUAAGAAAAGCCAGCUUUGCGGAGCAAGGGUCUUUGGGGCAAAAGUUGGAGACACUGUGAUGGUGGAUGGUUUCACCACAUCAAAAAUGACUUCCAAGAGCUGGUAUAAGGCUAGGUUCAAGGACUCACAAAGCACUGUGGACAAGCUACCUUCUCUCAGGGAAGAAACUGCAAGCAAGAAACCCAUCAAUCCUUUGGCAAUUUCACAGCGGGACACAAGACAACAAACCUUGAAAUUGCCUCCGUUGGUAGAUGCAAAUACACUCUCUGAAUUACAAAGACAUCAACAACGGCAUCAGAAAAAAUUUACUGCCACAUCUAGUAAAAAAGAAAAGCUCAUCAAAAAUACCUAUCUCCCCCAAGUCCCCCUCCCCCCAGUUUCCAGAAUGGGCUAUUCACACCCAUCUUUUUACUAUGCAACGCCCAAAGCUCACUUUUUACUCAAAUCCUCCUUUGCGUGUUUCUUAGAGCACAGUGGUAAGACUCCAAGGGAGAACGCCAUCUACUGCUUAGCCGUGGCCAGUGCCUUUAAAGAGAAACGAUGGCUUCAGCAGUUAGGAAUAGCAAGAGUUCUAGCCAAAAAGAGCAUUUCUAACCUGACUACACAAGGAGGCCUAACAGCAUGUGAAAAUGCUCCAGAAACUAUGCUUUGA